ACUUCAACAACCACCAUCAACCUCAGCCACUCAGAUUAGAUAGCUGUGAAGGGAAGCGUCCGACCUGUCAGGAAUGGUGUGCAAAAAGAGCACCUCGCACGAUAAUAAAAGCGACACUGUACAAGCAUUUAAUUACCCACACCUAACAUUACCGAGUCAUGCUUGCGGUGCAAAAGUAUCGUAGAACGGAUAUGCAAGCCCACCGGUUCAGUUUCUCUCCAGCGUUCAUCCGAACAGCAUCUGCAAGAUGUGGAUUAAUUUGCUCGUGCUAGUGCUGCUGGCGGCGGUGUACUGGGUACGGCAACGGCUUGCCUACUGGAAGCUGCGCGGCGUCCCAUACGUUCAACCGUCCUUCCCGCAGGGCAAUUUAGCCGGUGUUGGCAAGAAGAGUCACAUGUCAGGAAUACUGGAGAAUUGCUACAAACAGCUUAAAAGCUCCGGUAAACCAUUCGGCGGUAUUCACUUCUUCAUCAACCCUGUGGCGCUACUGAUCGAUCCGGAUCUCAUCAAGACGGUGCUGGUGAAAGAUUUCCAAUACUUUCACGAUCGUAACCUUUACCACAACGAUCGCGAUGAUCCACUGUCCCGCCAUCUUGUGGCCAUGGAGGGAACCAAGUGGAGGAACCUUAGGGCGAAGCUAACUCCUACCUUCACCUCCGGGAAGAUGAAGCUGAUGUUCUCUACUGUGACUGCUGUAGCGGAAGAGUUUGACAAGUGUAUGACGCGUGAGAUCAACCACAACUCCGUGGUGGAGAUGAAGGAUCUGCUGGCCCGUUUCACCACCGACGUUAUCGGUUCCGUAGCGUUCGGGCUCGAGUGCAACAGUUUGAAGGAUCCCGACGCCAAGUUUCGUGUGAUGGGUCGCAAGGUGUUCCAAGCGUCUCGCUACCGUGCGCUCAAGGUCUUUCUCGCCUCACAGUUCCCACAGAUAGCGCGCGCGUUUCGCGUUACGUUGACAGCUGCGGACGUGUCGGAGUUUUUCAUGGGUGUCGUAAAAGAUACGAUCGAAUUUCGGAAAAGCAACAACGUGCAGCGCAACGACUUUAUGACACUGCUGAUGAAGGUGAUGAAGGAGCAGGUGGAGCAGGAUGGCGGUGGUGACCCGAAAGCUGAUCACCUAACGAUGGACGAUAUUGCGGCACAAGCGUUUGUGUUCUUCCUGGCCGGAUUUGAAACGUCCUCCACCACAAUGUCGUUUUGUCUGUACGAGUUGGCGCUGCAUCAGGAGCUGCAGGAUAAGGCACGCCAGAACGUAACGGAGGUGUUGAAGAAGCACACCACUAUCAGCUACGAAGCGAUACACGAGAUGAAGUACAUCGAGAUGUGCAUUAAUGAAUCUCUUCGAAAGUAUCCACCGGCGACUACCCUCACGCGUAGAGUCGAGAACGACUAUCGAGUGCCCGGCACUGAUCAGAUACUGCAGAAAGGGCUUAUGGUUGCCGUACCAGUGUACGCUCUUCAUCACGAUCCGGAACACUUCCCCAACCCAGAACGAUUCGAUCCUGAGCGAUUUUCUCCGGAACAGAGUGAAAAGCGUCAUCCAUUCACCUUUCUACCGUUCGGUGAAGGGCCACGCAUAUGCAUUGGGUUACGCUUUGGCAUGAUGCAGGCAAGGAUUGGGUUGGCGUAUCUACUGAAGAACUUCCGGUUUACGCUUGCGAAGGGUAGGAUGAGUGUGCCGUUGAAAAUCUCACCAUCAAGUUCGAUUUUGACCAUCGAUGGAGGGCUUUGGUUAAAUGUCGAAAAAUUGUAAAGAAAAUCCAGUCAGCGAGAAGUAGUACGAAGAAUAAAAUUCCAUUAGUUUUGCAAGAAAA